GCAGUGGCAGGAAGAUCUCUGCUGGAGAAACACCCUGGGGGGAGCGGGCAGGGGGAGGGGGCAAGUUUUGCAAAGGCCGGUGCCAGGACAGAACAGAGGGAGGAAAUACCCCCGCGGCACUUGUUCCCUCCCCGCAGCCUGAAAGAGAAAAAAUAAUAAUGCCAUAUUGACAUGGGAAGAAGGCGCUUGAAGGCACGACAUCACCCAGCUUCCAUUUUGGAGAGUCGGGAGCAGCGAGGAGGCAGGGUGCGUCUGUGGCUAAACACUGGGGUGCUCAGUCUCUCUCUAUCUCUCCCCCCCCGGUUUCUUUUGCUUGCACAGUUUGAGACAUCAUGUUCUGUGCAACAUUUCUUUUGCAACACGUGCGCUUCAGGUCAUGCAAAAGGGGUGGCUUUGCAAAACCUGAGCUGCGUGGCGGCCAGUCGCUGUAGCUUUGCAAUGUAUGCAAAUGAUGUUUUAUUGUGUUUUUAAUGAUGUUCUAUUGUGUGUUUAAUAUCCUGUUAGGGGACGCAGGUGGCGCUGUGGGUUAAACCACAAAGCCUAGGGCCUUGUGAUUAAGAGUGGUAGAUUCGUAAUCUGGGGAACCGGGUUCGCUUCCCCGCUCCUCCACAUGCAGCUGCUGGGUGACCUUGGGCUAGUCACACUUCUCUGAAGUCUCUCAGCCCCACUCACCUCACAGAGUGUUUGUUGUGGGGGAGGAAGGGAGAGGAGAGUGUUAGCCGCUUUGAGACUCCUGAAGGGGAGUGAAAGGCGGGAUAUCAAAUCCAAACUCUUCUUCUUCUUCUUGCCGAUCAGAAGGUCGGCAGUUCGAAUCCCCGCAACUAGGUGAGCUCCUGUUGCUCGGUCCCUGCUCCUGACAACCUAGCAGUUCAAAAGCACGUCAAAGUGCAAGUAGAUAAAUAGGUACGGCUCCGGCGGGAAGGUAAACGGCUUUUCCGUGCGCUGCUCUGGUUCACCAGAAGCGGCUUAGUCAUGCUGGCCACAUGACCCAGAAGCUGAACGCCGGCUCCCUCGGCCAAUAAAGCGAGAUGAGCGCCGCAACCCCAGAGUCGGCCACGACUGGACCUAAUGGUCAGGGGUCCCUUUACCUUUACUAAUAUCGUGUUGGAAGCCGCCCAGAGUGGCUGGGGAGGCCUAGCCAGAUAAAAUAAUAUUUUUUAAUUUUAUUUUAUUUUAAUUAUUUAUUUAAUCUACAUUUAUUUAUUUAUUUGUUUGUUUGUUUGUUUGUUUAUUUAAUUAAUUUACCUGGGGGAGCGUCUCCACCCCCAUUGUUCUGCCUGGACACUGAGGUCCAGCACCGAGGGCCUUCUGGUGGUUCCCUCGCUGCGAGAAGCCAAGUUACAGGGAACCAGGCAGAGGGCCUUCUUGGUGGUGGUGCCCACCCUAUGGAGCGCCCUCCUGCCAGAUGUCAAAGAGAACAACUACUACCAGACUUUUAGAAGACAUCUGAAGGCAGCCCUGUUCAGGGAAGCUUUUAAUGUUUAACGGACUAUUGUAUUUUUAAUAUUUUGUUGGGUGUCUCCCAGAGUGGCUGGGGAAACCCAGCCAGAUGGGUGGGGUAUUAAUAAUAAUAAUAAUAACAAUAAUAAUAAUAAUUUUUAUUCAGAUCCCGCCCUCCCUAGCCGAAGCCCGGCUCAGAGCGGCGAACAACAGUAAAAUAAUACAGCAUUCUAAAAUCAAUUCAUUAUAAAAUCAGUUUAAACCAAAUUAAUGGCAACUAAUAAAUUAUUAUUUUAAUGUUGAAGGUGGUUGCCUCCUGGAUGCAGCCUGGCUUUUCAAAAAAAAAGUAUUAAAGGAAGCUUAUUGGUUCCUUUGACUUAAAAACACACAUACACACCUUUUUGAAGAUUUACCAUCUUUAUAUUGCUGCUUUGCUUCUAGAAACUAGAUUGGGGAGGUUGUGGGUCCUGCUCGCUAUCAGUGAAUUAGAUCAAAUCUCUCUGCUUUGCUUUUUUUUUACAGAAAGGCAUCCUCCGACACAGAGGACCGUGCCUGAAAUCCGUCUUUUGCGAAAGAUUAAAUAGAGUGCCCCGGGGUUGGGGGGAUACUGUCUGGGGGUUGCGGUGAAAAACAACUUAAUCUGCGUUGGGUCGCAUUGCUGCAGUGAUCUGUUUUGUCUCAUCCCCUCCGCAGUGUUGAAAACCACCACCCAGAAACAGCAAAAGAAGCAGAUUCGCCAGCGGCAGAGAUGUUCCGGUCCAAAGGUAGGCAAAAGUUGCUGGCGGUUUUUGUUUGCAUGUUGGGGAGCGUUUGAGACAGUGACGUGAGUGCAGAAUUCUGAGAGGGGCACUCAAGCAUCAUCCCAAUAAUAAUAAUUUUAUUAUUUAUACCCCGCCCAUCCGGCUGAGUCUCCCCAGCCACUCUGGGUAGCUUCCAAUCAAGUGUUAAGAACAGUACAGCAUUAAAUAUUAAAAACUUCCCUAAACAGGGCUGCCUUCAGAUGUCUUUUAAAGAUAGGAUAACUGCUUAUUUCCUUCACAUCUGAAGGGAGGGUGUUCCACAUAGUGGGCGCCACUACCGAGAAGGCCCUCUGCCUGGUUCCCUGUAACCUCACUUCUCACAAUGAGGGAACUGCCAGAAGGCCCUCGGCGCUGGACCUCAGUGUCCGGGCUGAACGAUGGAGGUGGAGACGCUCCUUCAGGUAUACAGGACUGAGGCCGUUUAGGGCUUUCAAGGUCAGCACCAACACUUUGAAUUGUGCUCGGAAACGUACUGGGAGCCAAUGCAGAUCUCUCAGGUCCUGGCUGCCACUCCCAGUCACCAGUCUAGCUGCCGCAUUCUGGAUUAAUUGCAGUUUCCGGGUCACCUUCAAAGGUAGCCCCACAUAGAGCGCAUUGCAGUAGUCCAAGCGGGAGAUAACCAGAGCAUGCACCACUCUGGCGAGACAGUCUGCGGGCAGGGAGGAUCUCCUCCUGCAUACCAGAUGGAGCUGGUAGACAGCCGCCCUGGACACAGAAUUGACCUGCACCUCCAUGGACAGCUGUGAGUCCAAAACGACUCCCAGGCUGUGCACCUGGUUCUUCAGGGGCACAGUGAGCCCAUUCAGGACCAGGGAGUCCCCCACACCCACCAUGUUGUGCAUCCUACGUGCCCCUGCCCCCCAGCAUGCAGCUCCAGCCCAGCUGCCCAGUCCACCAGGGGACUGAAACACUUUCCCCGCCCCGGGCACCAGCAACCCUCGCUACGUCACUGAUGUGUGAGCGAGAGAGAGAGAGAUCUGAAAGGGCAAAUCCUCACACCGGCAGGAUUCGCACUGGCAUCCUUGAGGUCCCUGAGCAACAAGACGUUGAAGGAGUCCAACACUUAACCCGGGGGUGGCUGUAGCCCUUUCAGAAGGCGCGUGGGGUCUUUGAGAUUUGUCCUGUAAUAUUUGGAACCGUUGUGUAUCAGUGCUCCAGGAACAUUUCCAAAAUAACAAAACCGGUAACAAGAAGCAACUCCAGAACUAGGCCUGUAAAAUGCACGUUCCGUAUUUAACCUCCUUUAGUAAUGAUUCAUUUUGAAACCUUUAAGAUAACGCCUUGAUAGUUUCCUGUUGGUUACGUCGCUUUGCGUAGUAUAUCUGGUUUCUUCCUGUCAUGUUUUAUUUCGGAAUGUUUCAUUUGAUCUCUUCCUGUAGGAUGCAAACCGCUUUGAGAUUUUUUCCCCCACCUUAAAAACAAAGCGGCAUAGAAAUGAAAUUGAUAAUAAUAAUAAUACAGUGGUACCUUGGACGCGGGUGGCGCUGUGGGUUAAACCACAGAGCCAAGGACUUGCCAAUCAGAAGGUCGGCAGUUCGAAUCCCCACAACGGGGUGAGCUCCUGUUGCUCGGUCCCUGCUCCUGCCAACCUAGCAGUUUGAAAGCACGUCAAAGUGCAGGUAGAUAAAUAGGUACCACUCUGGCGGGAAGGUCAACAGCAUUUCCAUGCGAUGCUCUGGUUCGCCAGAAGCGGCUUAGUCCUGCUGGCCACAUGACCCGGAAGCUGUACGCCGGCUCCCUCGGCCUGAAAGCGAGAUGAGUGCCACAACCCCAGAGUCGGUCACGACUGGACCUAAUGGUCAGGGGUCCCUUUACCUUUACCUUUUUACCUUGGUUCUCAAACGCCUCGGUACUCAACAACUUGAAACCCAAACACUUCAAACCCGGAAGUAAGUGUUCCGGUUUGCAAACUUUUUCGGAAGCCAAACAUGCUCCAUUUUGAGUGUUGCGCUCAGGACUGUCUGUUUUCGCUAUUUAUUUUGCGUUUUUGUUUUUGCGGCUCUUUCUUUGUAGCCCCACGUAGAGUGGAACCCAGUUCAGCUACUGAUGGGUUGUGUGGCUGCAGCACAUUGAUUAUUGCUUUCAUUUUAGGGUUCAGUGGUCUCAUUAGAUAGUAAAAUUCACGUCAAAUUGCUGCUUUAGGGGUUGUUUUUAAAAGUCUGGAACGGUUUAAUCCGUUUUGCAUUACUUUCUAUGGGAAAGCGUGCCUCGGUUUUGGAACGCUUUGGUUUUGGAGCGGACUUCCGGAACGGAUUACCGUAUUUUUCGCUCUAUAAGACGCACCAUACCACAAGACGCACCUAGUUUUUGGAGGAGGAGAACAAGAAAAAAUAUAUUCUGAAUUUCAGAAGCCAGAACAGCAAGAGGGAUCGCUGCGCAGUGAAAGCAGCAAUCCCUCUUGCUGUUCUGGCUUCUGGGAUAGCUGCGCAGCCUGCAUUCGCUCCAUAAGACGCACACACAUUUCCCCUUACUUUUUAGGAGGGGAAAAGUGAGUCUUAUAGAGCAAAAAAUAGGGUAAGUUUGAGAAGCAAGGUACCACUAUAUAUAAAAAUCCGCAAGUGAGAACAGUUGAUGAUCCGUUGGCCGGUAUUCCUACGAUGCCUGUUUUAAUGCUUGAAGCACUUAUUUAGGCUGCCUAUUUAAGACUUUUUAAUGGCCCCUGUUUCCCCCCCCCCAUCUUGUUCUCUCUCCCAUGGACACCCCAGCUCCGCCUUCUGUAGGACUAUGGACCUCGAAGAGGGAUGGGGAAGUCCUUCUGAGGAUGGAUGAAAGUGGAAUCGGGUCCGAGACCCCCAUCACCGUUCACGAACUUCUUCUGAACUCCGUCAGUCAAUUCGGCGACUAUCCUGCCCUGUCUUCCAAGAAAGACGGCAAGUGGACGAAACUCACUUUCAGGCAGUACUACCAGGAGUGCCGUGGAGCCGCCAAGAGCUUUCUAAAGGUUCGGGGGUCCGUGGGGACAAGGCAGCUCUUUUUUGACCCCCAUCUUCUUCCCUUGACCUUCACAGAGGGACCCUACGCAGUAGGCCUGGCUAAGAGAUAGAUACAUGGCCAAAGUCUUGCCCAACUCUCUGGGAAUUUGGGACCUAGAGCUUCCCAGUCUCGGUUUAGUUGGGGGAAACCCCGCCACAUUAUUUUACAGGUGAAACUCGAAAAAUUAGAAUAUCAUGGGAAAGUUCCUUGAUUUCAGGAAUUCAACUUCAAAGGUGAAACUAAUAUAUGAGACAGACUCGUGACAUGCAAAGCGAGAUAUGUCAAGCCUCGAUUCGUUAUCAUUGCCAUGAUCAUGGCGUACAGCUGGUGAAAACCCCAAAUUAACCAUCUCAGAAAAUUAGAAUAUUCAAGGAAAUCAGCAAAACAAGGAUUGCAAAUCGAGCAAGAUUGGACCGCUAAGAAGUCGAAGCACAUCUCGCUUUGCAUGUCACGAGUCGAUCUCAUAUAUUAGUUUUACCAUGCAAGUUGAAUUCCUGAAAUCAAUGAACUUUUCCACGAUAUUCUAAUUUUUCGAGUUUCACCUGUAUAUCUUAUAUCUUAUAUAUAUUAUAUUAUACAGUAGUACCUCUGGAUGCGGACGGGAUCCGUUCCGGAGCCCCGUUCGCAACAUGAGCAGAAUGCAACCCGUGUCUGCGCAUGCGUGGGUCGUGAUUCGCCGCUUCUGCACAUGCGCGUGACGUCAUUUUGAGCGUCUGCGCGAGCGGCGAAACCCGGAAGUAAGCCUUUCCGGUACUUCCAGGUCGCCGCAGGACGCACCUGAAAAGAUUUAACCUGAAGCAAAUGUAACAAGCGGUAUGACUAUAUUAUAAUAUAUUAUAUUAUAAUAUUAUAUAAUAUAUUAUAUUAUAAUUUAUGUUAUAAAUAAUACAAUUGCUCUUAUAGCAUAUUUAAGCCACCACAAACCGGCGGCCCCUUUUGAGGGCAGAAACCGUAUAUUCUCUUCUCUCUAUAUAAUUUUUAUUUGAUUUUACAACUUCGUUCACACUCAUAAUCACAAAUAAUAGAAAUUACACAAGAUUCUUCCAUAUCUGAAGACUUCCCUUCUCCCUUCCGUGGGUUCUUUGAAUAACUGUUUUUUAAAAACUGCGUAUUAUUAGUCCAUCUGAUUUACAAUCCUCCAUUGUAUCCAAAAUCUGUGAAUCAUUGCAAGAGUUACUUAAAACCUGCCAAAGAGUUCAAGUGUUUACAGUGGUCUUUCAAAUAUAAUGUAAAUUUGUCCCAUUCUUUAUUGAAGUUUUGAUCCUCCUGGUUUGUGGUUUUCCUGGUUAGUCUUGCCAUCUCUCCGUAGUCCAGUAAUUUCAUCUGCCAGUCCGCUCUAGUAGAUAUCUUGUCGUCUUUGCAACUCUGGGCAAGAAGCAUCCUUGAAGCUGUUGUAGUGUACAUAAAGCCACUCCCGACAUAAGGACGGGGGGGUUGCGGGCUCACACCCCACUUGCAGCCCCGCGAGACUUGGGAAUCCCAGGACACUUUAUUAUUCAUCAUUUACUGCACCAGCCAAUCGGCUGGCGGCGGGGGCGGGCUUAGUAGAGUUCAUUUAAGGUCGGGGCAGCCCAAAAAUCCUGUGGUUGUGAAUAGAGCCAGGAAUAGAUCCUGGAGCGCUCAGUGGCACGUAGAGUGGCUGCGCUGGGUGGGCGGGUGAUGGAGCACCCAGACAUCCAGUUUAGCAAGGAGGCCUUCUACCGCGGGGAUGGCGUGCAUCUCUCUGAUGCUGGUAACGAUAUUUGGCUAGCCGACAUUUUCCAGGGGAUCAGGGAUUGGUUACAGGUCUGAGGGUAUUGGCGGCGAGCCUGGCUCGAGUGGCGGUUAGGCAUUGGCAGGGGUAGUAUUAUUAUUUUUUAAAUAAUAUUUAUUACUUUUCCAACAAUUUAAACACUACAAAAAAAAAAUAAACAAUACAAUACAAUACAAAAACAAUACAUAACACUAACACAUUAAACUAACAAAACAAAUCAAAAACAGUUUAAAACACAUCAGUUUCAAUAUCUUAUCUUUCAUUCACUUAUUUCCACGACCUCCUCACACCUCCCUGUUUGUAUUCCACUUCUGUUAAUUGUUUCAGCAAUUCCUUUCCAUCUUCCUCUGCUUUCUAUCCUUUAAUUAUCUUAACGCAUUCUAACCUUAUUUUUCCCUUUAAUACUCUAUUAAUCUAUUUAUACUUAAUUCCUUAUAACAUUUCUACUAAAGCCAGAUAACUUCAUUCCAACGUUUUCCUAACAUUCAUUAAUUUUACAGUAUUUCUGUAAAUAGUCUUUAAACUUUUUCCAGUCUUCUUCCACCGACUCUUCUCCCUGGUCUCGGAUUCUGCCAGUCAUUUCGGCCAAUUCCAUAUAGUCCAUCAACUUCAUCUGCCAUUCUUCCCGGGUGGGUAAAUCUUGUGUCUUCCAAUACUUCGCGAUGAGUAUUCUUGCUGCUGUUGUUGCAUACAUAAAAAUUUUUUAUCCUUCUUUGAUACCAAUUGGCCAACCAUGCCCAGGAGAAAGGCCUCUGGUUUCUUCAGAAAGGUAUAUUUAAAUACCUUUUUCAUUUCGUUAUAGAUCAUCUCCCAGAAUGUCUUAAUCUUUGGGCAUGUCCACCAAAGGUGAAAGAAUGUACCUUCAGUCUCAUUACAUUUCCAACAUUUAUUGUCGGGCAAGUGAUAAAUUUUUGCAAGCUUGACUGGUGUCAUGUACCACCUAUAAAUCAUUUUCAUAAAAUUUUCUCUUAGGACAUUACAUGCCGUAAAUUUCAUACCUGUGGUCCAUAACUGUUCCCAGUCAGCCAUCAUUAUGUUAUGUCUGGCAGGGGUAUUAUUAUGCAAAUGAGUUGGGGGGGAGGAACGCCAUCACCUCCCCCAAAUGAUGAAGGGUAGUUCGUUAAAGGACUCCGGGGGGCGUCGCCUCGUCCGAAACCUAAGGAGGCUAGGGCCUAAAGCGCGCUCCGGAGCGGUAACCCCUCGGGGAGCGCCUAGGGAUGUGCAUCUCCGGGGCUCCCCCUGUUGGUGCUUAACCCCUUCUGGGUUUAUCCCGGAUAGUCUGAUCGGACCAAUGCCUAAAGCCAAUACCGCUCUUACCUGUAAUCAAUAAAGGGCCAUUUUUCGCCCAUUAACAUAAAUUUUGCUGUCCAUGUGUCUUUAUUUAUUCCAUCUGCGGGAGGGGGCGGGAAUCGCCACGCAAACAGUCUUUUCAGUUCCUUCGCUAUCUCUGCACCUACAAUUCCUAACAAAAAGGCUUCUGUUUUUUUAACAAAAGUUAUUUCAAACAUAUUUUUUUCCCCAGUUCAUUGCAAGGUGGAUAAAAAUCAAAGAUUUUUUUUUUAAAUGGAUUUUUAAAAUUUAAAUUGGAUUUUUUAAAAUUUAAAUUGGAUUUUAAAAUAAAAUGCUUUGGGAGGAAAAAUCUUUCUAAAGAUAGUUUUCUAUUUAAGUUACAUUAUAGUCCAAAGGUUAAACGUUUGAUGCGGUUUAAAAAAAAAAGCAAAAAACCUUAGACUGAGUUUUAGCACACAUAAAAAACUUAAAACAAAUCCUUAUUUCCUGAUGAAUAGCCUUUGGACUAUUGUUGUUGUUUAGUCGUUUUUGUCCUUCUCUCAUAGUUUGUCUGUUAGCUUAGCCAGUUCUGCAUAGUUCAUCCGUUUUUCUGGCCAUUGUUCCUUUGAUGGUAUUUCUUCCGUCUUCCAGUAUUGUGCAAUCAAGAUUCUUGCCGCUGUUGUAGCAUAAAUAAUGUCCAUUUUCCUUUUGGUAGCUCUUGAUUUGAGAUACCCAACAGAAAGGUUUCAGGAUGUUGAACAAAAUUCAUUUUGAACAUUUUUUUCAAUUCAUUGUAUAUCAUUUCCCAAUCUUUUUAAUGCAUUUGCAUUCCCACCACAUAUGAUAAAAUGUUCCUUCCUUUUCCUUACAUCUCCAGCAACUGUUAUUUUCCUUCCUAAACAUCUUUGCCCAAAAAAUGGGUGCAUUUUGGAAGAUGCCUUCUUACCCGAGUCUCUCCUCUUUAUGUUGCAGUUGGGCCUAGAACGCUUUCACGGGGUUGGAAUCCUGGGAUUCAAUUCUGCCGAAUGGUUCAUAGCGGACAUAGGAGCGAUUCUGGCUGGGUGAGUUUGACCGUUCCGAAAAAGGAAGCGUAACUCCAAACUGGACCGGAACCCGCUCGCUGUUUCUUUCCUUUUGUUGUAAAUUUAUUUAUUUGGUUUUUCAAAUUAAACUUUGAAAGUCACGUAUCAACAUACAAUAAAAAAAAGGUUCCAUAGAAUCUCCAGGGCUUCCCUCUUCCCCUUUGUGGGUCCUAUUGUUAAUCGCUUCCUCCUGCAUCUUUUAUUGUUGUUGUUGUUUAGUCAUUUAGUCGUGUCCGACUCUUCGUGACCCCCUGGACCAGAGCACACCAGGCACUUCUGUCUUCCACUGCCCCCCGCAGUUUGGUCAAACUCAUGCUGGUAGAUUCGACAACACUGUCCUACCAUCUUCUCCUCUGUCGUCCCCUUCUCCUUGUGCCCUCCAUCUUUCCCAGCAUCAGGGUCUUUUCCAGGGAGUCUUCUUUUCUCAUGAGAUGGCCAAAGUAUUGGAGCCUCAGCUUCAGGAUCUGUCCUUCCCGUGAGCACUCAGGGCUAAUUUCCUUAAGAAUGGAGAGGUUUGAUGUUCUUGCAGUCCAUGGGACUCUCAAGAGUCUCCUCCAGCACCAGAAUUCAAAAGCAUCCAUUCUUCGGCGAUCAGCCUUCUUUAUGGUCCAGCUCUCACUUCCAUACAUCACUACUGGGAAAACCAUAGCUUUAACUAUACGGACCUUUUAUAAUACAAUCCAAAUCUUUUACAUCUCCAUGAUACCCAAAAUUCACCAUUAAACUUAUUCCAACCCCACUAACGGUUUUAGCUAUUUACAAUGCUUUUUAAGAUAGGCAUAGGCAAACUCGGCCCUCCAGCUGUUUUGGGACUACAACUCCCAUCAUCCCUAGCUCCCAUCAUCCCUGGGAGUUGUAGUCCCAAAACAUCUGGAGGGCCGAGUUUGCCUAUGCCUGGAUUAUAAUCCUCCCAUUCCUUAUUAAAGUUUUGGUCUUCCUGAUUUCUGAUUUGUCCGGUCAUUGUUGCCAUUUGAUGGCAUGGCCCCAUCAACUUGAGAAACCUGCUGGCUUCUAAUCCCUUGACCCGUCGAAGGAUGCCUGCUGCCUUAAGAUGGGCCACUUGGGAUGCCCAACUAAAUUUGUAGCAUUCCCUUUGGGAAGACCAGAUUUCAGGGCAGUUCGCUGAAAUAACAUGCCUUGCGCUGAGCCCAGACCACAGUGGUCCCCCUGUCCAACAUUGCUGCCUACGCCGACUUGCAGCAGUGUUCUGGGGGUUUCAGAGUAAGGAAGGAUCAAUGCCUUUUCCAGCCUUACCUGGAGGCAUCUGAAAUUGAACCUGGCACCUGCGUGCAAAGCAGGAGUCUCCGUUUAAAUCCUCGCAAAGUCUCCAUUUAAAUCCUUGCAGCCAGGGCCGGAUUUAGGUUUGAGGCCCUGAGCUACCGAAGGAAACGGGGCCCCUUAUAUGUCCAGCUGUCCUUUGUCAACAGCAGAUUGUCACUGUUUUUUGUGUUGAAUAUAUGCUCCAUGGUAAUUUAUGGAGGCAGUGGAAGACAGGAGUGCCUGGCGUGCUCUGGUCCAGGGGGUCACGAAGAGGAGGACACGACUAAACGACGAAACAACAACUACAAUUUAUGAACCUAAUAAUAUCUCUAGCCAUUUGCACAUAACAGAAUAUGUAUUUAAUCAAAGGAAUUGUUGAAUUGAAACACAAUUAAAAAGUAUAUUAAUAAUGAAAUACAAUUAAGUAGUACAUGAAUAGUGAAAUAAUUAAGCUCUAACUUUAAAUGAUUUUUUAUUCGUAACACACUUAAUAAUGCAAACGCAUUGGCAUUUGGCAAUAACAAAAGUUCCUUUAGAAACACAAUAUGCAAAGACUCAUAGUCUAGUCUCAGUCUAGAAACUUGCUAUAACAUGAAAUGAUAAUUGUUUUUUAUCUUACAUUUUGGAAAUGCACAUCCAGUUUUCCCCCCAUUACAUUUUUUGGGGGCCCUAAGCUAUAGCUUGUUUAAAGUAAAGGUAAAGGGACCCCUCACCAUUAGGUCCAGUCAUGACCGACUCUGGGAUUGCAGCGCUCAUCUUGCUUUAUUGGCCGAGGGAGCCGGCGUACAGCUUCUGGGUCAUGUGGCCAGCAGGACUAAGCCACUUCUGGCGAACCAGAGCAGCACAUGGAAACGCCGUUUACCUUCCCGUCGGAGCGGUACCUAUUUAUCUACUUGCACUUUGACGUGCUUUCGAACUGCUAGGUUGGCAGGAGCAGGGACCAAGCAACGGGAGCUCACCCCAUCACUGGGAUUCGAACCGCCGACCUUCUGAUCGGCAAGUCCUAGGCUCUGUGGUUUAACCCACAGCGCCACCCGCAUCCCACAUAGCUUGUUUAGCUUAUACGUAAAUUCAGCACUGCUUGCAGCACUCCAGAACAACCUCAGAAGGAAGCAUUUGAAUUGUGCACCCCCAAAAAUGUUCAAAACCGCCUGUUGCUCGUCAUUUGGAGGGCUGGGAAAGAGGGCCCAGGGCUUUGGUCUGUGGCAAAGUUUGCAGCCUGGUUCCUCUGUGUUCAAACCACAUCUCAGAUGUCUGUUGCACCCGGAUUACAGGAUCUCUCUUUUUUUCCCACACACGCAGAGGUUUUGCUGUUGGCAUUUACACAACCAACUCCCCGGAGGCCUGCCAGUACGUUGCAGAGAACUGCGGAGCCAAUAUCAUCGUGGUGGAGAACGACCGGCAACUUCAGAAAAUCUUGGAGGUGACGUGGUGUCGUGGGAUGUGGCUUGGGCACGCUUGGCCUUGCUGCAAUCCUGUGGGCAUUUGAGUGUUCGGGUAUACGCUAGCUUGCAGAAUUAUACUUUUAGGGCUGUAAAGGGGGCGCAAAGCCCAGAUUCGGUAAUCGAGGUUGAAAUCAGACUCCUAAAACCCUACUGUGUCAAAGGGAAACUGCGAUCACAACAUUAAGUUGAAUUUGCAGUGGUACCUUGGUUCUUGAACUUAAUCUGUUCCAGACGUCCGUUCCAAAACCAAGGCGCGCUUUCCCAUAGAAAGCAAUGCAAAACUGAUUGAUCCGUUCCAGACUUUUGAAAACAACCCCUAAAAUUGCAAUUUAACAUGAAUUUUGCUAUCUAACAAGACCAUUGAUCCAUAAAAUGGAAGCAAUAAUCAGUGUACUGUAUUAUAAAAUAAAUAAGGCAGUAUUGUAGAUGAUAAAAAUAAAAAUUAUUUUUUUCUUACCUGCGCUGAUGAUAGUCAUGGUUUCGAUGGGCUUUUAUCCAUUUCCACAGUCACACAAUCAUUAGCUGAACUGGGUUCCACACGGUCACAAAAACAAAUGAACCGAAAAAGCCUCAAAAACAAAAACGCAAAAUAUCAGAAACAAAACCGCCCAACUUAAUCCGUUCCGGAAGUCCGUUUGACUUCCAAAAUGUUCAAAAACCAAGGUUGCUGCAGGCGCCCCAGAAACAAUAGCCCACAGCCGCAUCGGAUGUUCGGCUUCUGAAAAACGUUUGAAAACCGGAACACUUACUUCCGGGUUUUCGGCGUUUGAGAAUCAAGGCGUUUGAGAACCAAGGUACCACUGUAGUGUAUUAAGCCAUCAGACCACAGGGAUUUCUUCGUGGAAAUGACUGCAAAGCUGCGAGAUUUCUGCAUUGAGUUAGGGGGCUGGGAUGGAUGACCUCUGAGGUUCCCCCUCUCAGUUCUGUGGUCUUUCUUGCUCUAGGUUAAGAGCCAGUUGCCUCUUGUGAAGGCAAUCAUCCAGUAUGGUGAAGAGCUCAAGGAGAAAAGGCCAAAUCUGUACACGGUGAGUAUCUCCUCUUUUCCUUCCGUUCCACCCUCUCUAAACCUCCCCUGAGUGCUUCAUUGAGUUCUAGAGGUGGAAUUACAACUUCCCGGCAACUUCUUUUUCUCCCUUUUUUCUGUUUUGAAACCUUGCUUGCCUUCUCCUGCAUUUCCCUUGCCCAGGUGACUAGCAAUAUCUGCUUUCCUUUCCUUAUAUAAUUUUUACUAAUUUUUUUCUGUUUUACCAUUUCAAAUAAACAUUCUUACAUCCUUAAGAUAUCCGUGACUUCCCUUCUGCUCUUUUUGAGUAUCUUAAAUCCCUGCAUAUUUUACAAAAACGAUACAGUCGUGCCUUGGUUCUCGAACAGAAGGCGUUAGAGUCUGUUCAAUUUCCGGAACUGUUUGAAAACCAAGACGCGGCUUCCGAUUGGCUGCAGGAGUGUCGGCGCUGGACGUUCAGCUUCCGAAAAUCAUUCAAAAACCGGAACACUCACUUCUGGUUUUCGGGAGCUAAAAUGUAUGAGUUCCAGGUCGUUCGACAACCAAGGCACGACUGUAUCAAUCGAUUUUCCAUUAUUGCCCCCAUCAAAACUUAUUUACACUGUUGAAUUUCUUAUUGCUGUCAGCAUUUUCAGCUGUACACCAUUAUUUCCCAUAUAUUCAGUAAACUUUUUCCAGUCUUCUUUAAUGCAUGUUCUUCUUCUCUUAUUCUAUAUGUUAAAUCUGCAAGUUGUGCAUAUUCUGACAAAUUAAGUUGCCAAUCUUCUUUGGUUGGGACCUCACUCGUUUUCCAUUUUUGGGCUAACAAAACACGGACUGCAGUUGUUGCAUCCAUAAAUAACCUUUUCUGACACCUGGGAAUUUAAGUCUGAAUUAUCGCCAACAGAAAGGACUGGGGGGGGGGGAAGUAUGUUUAAACGUUUUUUUCCCAAUUCAUAGCAAUUUCCCAGGGUUUUCAACUGGUUUUCAACUUUGUGAUAUUAUUGCCAACUAUACAUCACAAUAUACCAAUAUAUCACAAUUUCUGGAACAAUGAUGAAGCAUCACUUUUUCCCUGCGCCGUGAUUUUUGCAUAACACUCACACAAACGCACACCCUGAUUCGCAAUACCGUAUUGACCCGAAUAUAAGUCGCACCUUUAAAAUUCAGGAUGGGGGGGAAUACCCGAAUAUCCAACAGAAAAUUCGGGUAUUUUCUGUUGGGUAUUUUAGGACAAGAUGUGAAGAAAGAAUUGAGGAUACUAUUUAUGUAUGCGACGACAGCAGCAAGAAUUUUAGUAGCACAAAACUGGAAGACGGGAGAAAUACCAUCCAAAGAACAAUGGCAUGAAAAGUUGAUGGAAUAUGUAGAAUUAGCAAAAUUGACAGAUAAAUUGCGUGGAAAAGGUAAUAGUGACUUUGGAAAAGAAUGGGAACCUUUUGUAACAUAUUUGCAGCAACCGUGUAAAGUAUGGACUCUUUGGCAGGGUUUAAAUGAACAUAUAUAAUGUAACUAGAGAGAACAAGAAAGAGUACAAUGUGAUAAUAUACUAUUAUAUAUAAACAGCAGAAUGCAACAAGUGGUUUAAUAAACCAGAAACGGAAAUGGAUGGAAGCCAAGGGGAGAGGGGAAUUUAUAAAGCGAUUCUUUGGUUAAGUUGAAUAAUGUAUGAUAUAUGUAUGAAAACUAAUAAGAACUGACUUUUUUAAAAAAAGAAAGAAAAUGAAAAUACCCAAAUAUAAGCCGCUGCCUUAAAUUCCACAGGCACUCACACCCGUUCCAUUUUACUGUUUCAGCAGCAAUAUCGUAAAAGCCCAUUUUUGUCAGGUUCCGAAUUUAAGCCGCACUUUAACUUUUCACUGUUGGAAUUUGAAAGAAAAAAAGUGAGGCUUGUAUUCAGGCGAUUACGGUAUACUGCCAGGUCAUAAAUUAAGAAACCAAGAUCAUGAUAUGGACUUAAAACUGGUUUGGGAUGAUAUAUCGAUAUAUCACCCAGCCCUCAUGGGGUCCUGAGCUAUGUAAGACUUUAUAGGUCAACACCAGCACUUCGGACUGGACCCAGAAACUCGCUGGCAGCCAGUACAGUUGGGCUGGAAUUGGUGUUACAUUCUCAAAUCACCUUGUUUAAAUCUUGUUUAAAUAAAUAGAAUAAAUAGAAAUGUAGACCCUUCUUAAUCAAGUUCUUCCCUUCUGUGGUUCUGUCUUUUGGGGCUUGCCGAUCAGAAGGUUGGUGGUUCGAAUCCCCACAACGGGGUGAGCUCCCAUUGCUCUGUCCCAGCUCCUGCCAACCUAGCAGCUCGAAAGCGCACCAGCGCAAGCAGAUAAAUAGGUACCACUGCGACGGGAAGCUAAACAGCGCUUCUGUGCACUGUUUUCCGUCAUGGUGUCCCGUUGUGCCAGAAGCGGUUUAGUCCUGCUGGCCACAUGACCCCGAAAGCUGUCUGUGGACAAACGCCGGCUCCCUCGGCCUGAAAGCGAGAUGAGCGCCGCAACCCCAUAGUCGCCUUGGACUGGACUGAACCGUCCAGGAGUCCUUUACCUUUACCCUUGUGUCUCUUUCGUUCAUGCAGUGGAGCGAGUUCAUGGCGCUUGGGGCCAGCGUCUCGGAUGACCAGCUUGACAAAAUCAUCGCGUCCCAGAAGCCCAACCAAUGUUGCACCCUGAUCUAUACAUCGGGGACGACGGGUCAGCCCAAGGGAGUUAUGUUGAGCCACGACAACGUGAGUGAGAUUCGCCGCUUUGGGAAACUUUCAGGAGAGUUGCAGCCCUGGGGAUGAAAUCUUAUCUCUCUCAAACUGGUCUCCCGUAUCAGAUACCGGCCACUUGGGUUGUGCAAGAAAUCGCCAUGGGUGAAAAAGGAGGAAUGCAGUUAUAAUUAAGCCCAUUUUGAAACUGGGGGCAUAUGGGUGCCUCUGGUGGGGAAGGGCAAAAUAAUAAUAAUAAUAAUAGUAAUAAUAGUUUGUUUGUACCCCGCCUAUCUGGCUGCGUUUUCCCAGCCACUGUGGGCGGCUUCCAACAAGAUUAAAAAUACAUUAAAACAUCAGUUAUUAAAAGCUUCCCUAAACAUGUCUGCCUUCAGAUGUCUCCUAAAUGUCAGGUAGUUGUUUAUCUCUUUGACAUCUGGUGGGAGGGCGUUCCACAGGCCGGGCGCCACUACUGAGAAGGCCCUCUGCCUGGUUCCCUGUAGCUUUGCUUCUCGCAGUGAGGGAACCGCCAGAAGGCCCUCGGCGCUGGACCUCAGCUUCUGGGCAGAACAAUGGGGGUGGAGACGCUCCUUCAGGUAUACAGGACCGAGGCCGUUUAGGGUUUUAAAGGUCAGCACCAACACUUUGAAUUGUGCUUGGAAACGUACUGGGAGCCAAUGCAGAUCUCUCAGGACCGGUGUUAUGUGGUCCCGGCGGCCGCCCCAGUCCCCAAUCUAGCUGCCUCUCACUCUGGAUUAAUUGCAGUUUCCGGGUCACCUUCAAAGGUAGCCCCACAUAGAGCGCAUUGCAGUAGUCCAAGCGGGAGAUAAACAGAGCAUGCACCACUCUGGCGAGACAGUCUGCGGACAGGGAGGGUCUCAUCCUGCAUACCAGAUGGAGCUGGUAGACAGCUGCCCUGGACACAGAAUUGACCUGCGCCUCGAUGGACAGCUGUGAGUCCAAAAUGACUCCCAGGCUGUGCUCCUGGUCCUUCAGGGGCACAGGUACCCCAUUCAGGACCAGGGAGUCCCCCACACCCGCCCACCUCCUGUCCCCCCAAAACAGUACUUCUGUCUUGUCAGGAUUCAACCUCAAUCUGUUAGCCACCAUCCAUCCUCCAACCGCCUCCAGACACUCACACAGGACCUUCACCGCCUUCACUGGUUCACUGUACCACUCUAAUUAGGGGAGUGGGGAGAUCAAACACAAUAUUUUCCUGGAAGGCGCCCGGACUGCCUGGGGAAACCCAGCCAGAUGGGCGGGGUAUGAAUAAUAAAUAAUAAUAAUAAUAAUAAUAAUAAUGUGUGUGUGUGUUGAGUUGUCGCUGAAGUGUUGUGCCUUUGCAGAUCACCUGGACGGCCCGGGCAGGAGGCAACUAUGUCGGCUUGAGCAAAGCGACGGAGCGUCAGGAGGUGGUGGUCAGCUACCUGCCUCUCAGCCACGUGGCUGCACAGAUGAUUGACAUCUGGCUGCCAAUCACUUUUGGAGUCCACACCUGCUUUGCACAACCGGAUGCUUUGAAGGUGACAUUUGGGAAAAUUUAAAAACAAAACCAAAACCCAGAACCCACAGCCCCGCAAGAACACACAGAAGCACUUGAGUGUUUUUUUCCAUUCCUCAUGUCAUUUUUAUUAAAUCUCCAAAAAGAUUCCCAAAAAAUUAAUCAUCAUACACAACUUCUUUUUUAAAAAACAGACACACACAGUUUCUUCUUCUUUAUUAAAUAAUUUUUUAUUGCAAAACAAUUUACAUAAAACAACGGUACAUCAGUAACAACUGCACACACACUAACAAAUCUUCUAACUUCACACACACUUUUGACUUCUGAAUCAUCUUACUGUGCUUUUUACACAUUCUUAACCUAUACACGAAGGGACGCGGGUGGCGCUGUGGGUUAAACCACAGAGCCUAGGGCUUGCCGAUCAGAAGGUCGGCGGUUCGAAUCCCCGCGACGGGGUGAGCUCCCGUUGCUCGGUCCCUGCUCCUGCCAACCUAGCAGUUUGAAAGCACAUCAAAGUGCAAGUAGAUAAAUAGGUACCGUCCAGCAGGAAGGUAAACGGCGUCUCCGUGUGCUGCUCUGGUUCGCCAGAAGCGGCUUAGUCAUGCUGGCCACAUGACCCGGAAGCUGUCUGCGGACCAACGCCGGCUCCCUCGGCCUAUAGACUGAGAUGAGCGCGCAACCCCAGAGUCGGUCACUACUGGACCUAAUGGUCAGGGGUCCCUUUACCUUUACCUUUUAUUUUUUAUUUUUAAAUAAUAUUUAUUAAAAUUUCAAAAGAAAAAAAUCACAUUAAUAAGAAAAUUAACAAUAAAAAGGAAAAAUACAAAAUACAAAAAAGAAAAAACAGUUAAAAACAAUUCCAUCUUUUCAUCACUUCUUUUACAUUUACUUGUUUCCUGGACCUCCUCAUACCUCCCUCUUUUGUAUUCCAAUUCAAUAUGUUCAUCCAGCAAUUCCUUUCCCUCCUUUUUAAUCCUGAUCUUUAAUCUUGAUAAAUUAUAACAUUAAAUUUUUACAUAUUAAAAACCAAUUUUUCCAUAUUUUUUUAUACCAUUACCGCUAGAAACCGCUUAACUUCAAUCCGUCAUCAUUCUAACAUUCAUUAAUUUUACAAUAUUUCUGUAAGUAGUCUUUAAAUUUCUUCCAAUCUUCUUCCACCAACUCUUCUCCCUGGUCUCGGAUUCUGCCCUUUACCUUUACCUUUUAACCUAUACACACUUCCUGUUAUAUCUGUUACAUAUCACAAAAAAAAUAAAAUUUCUAGCAAUCCUUCAUAUUCAAGAUUCAAUCUAAACCUGUCAGGAGACCUGCAUUUUCACAGUAUUGUUUUAUAUCUUCUUUAAAUAUUAUCCAUUCUUUACUCACUUUCUGAUUUGCAUUUCCUCUUGUUCUCCCAGUCAUUUUUGCAAGUUCCAAGUAUUCUAUCAUCUUGGCAGUCAAGCUUUGUGGGAAUUAAGUCACAGGUUUUCCAGUUUUUUGCUAUUAGGAUUCUAGCCACUAUAGUCACAUACAUAAAGAUGGUUCUAAUUUUUUUUGUAUUUCAGUGGACAUAUUGCCUAUUUUCCCCUCAAAUUUUUUAUUGAUUUUCAACCUUUAAAACAUCACAUAAACACAUAAAAACAUAAAAACACUCAACAAAGAAAACACAGCAAUAAACUAAACACAGAAAAAAAAUUAUUCCUUCUGGUACCCAAUUUCUUCACAUUAAUAUGUGACUUCCUCAAAUCCCCUCUAACUGAAUUUCAUUAUAUCACUUUUAUAACAGUUCUCCAAAUUCAUAUUUCUAAUAAUAUUAACUCAUUUCGUUUACUAACCUCUUCUACUUUACUAUUAUUCUAAUACUUAAUACUUACUAAAUACUAUUCCUAUUCUACCCCUAAGCCUAUUUGAUACUUCCAAGGAUUUUCUAUUUAUCUUAUCUUAUACCACAAUAUUUAUCUUAUAAAUAUUUAUCUUAUACCACAUAUUUAUCUUAUACCAUAUUUAUCUUAUACCACAAUACCACAAUAUUUAGCUAAAUAUUCUUUAAAUUUAUUCCAGUCCUUUCAGUGGACAUGAUACCUAACAGAAAGGCUUCUGGGGUUUUUUUGAGAAGGAGAAUUUGAAAACUGUAUUAAGUUCGUUGUAUUUUAUGUCCCAGAAUUCUCGUAUCCUCACCCAGUUCCACAACGUUUCCUCUUGACUUCCCACCCUCCCUUUUCUGAUGUUUCCCAUUUUAUCAGAUGUGUUUACAGCACAUAAAAAGGUAAAUGGACCCCUGACCAUUAGGUCCAGUCGUGGCCGACUCUGGGGUUGCGGCGCUCAUCUCGCUUUAUUGGCCGAGGGAGCCGGCGUACAGCUUCCGGGUCAUGUGGCCAGCAGGACUAAGCCGCUUCUGGCGAACCAGAGCAGCGAACGGAAACGCCGUUUACGUUCCUGCUGGAGCAGUACCUUUUUAUCUUCUUGCACUGGCAUGCUUUUGAACUGCUAGGUGGUCAGGAGCAGGGACCGAGCAACGGGAGCUCACCCCGUCGCAGGAUUCGAACCGCUGACCUUCUGAUCAGCAAGCCCUAGGCUCUGUGGUUUAACCCACAGCGCCACCCGUGUCCCGUUUACAGCACAUACAUUUUUACUCAUCUAAACUCCAGGUCUCCCCCUGCGGAAUGAACCUGGGACCCCUUUGCUCCCACCUGACCUUCAACUCCCUCUCUCGAAAUUUUAUGUCCCGCCAGGGCACUUUGGUGGAGACCCUCAAGGAAGUGCGGCCCACGGCGUUCCUGGGGGUCCCUCGCGUCUGGGAGAAGAUGCAGGAGAGGAUGAAAGCCGCCGGGAUGAAGUUCUCCGCCUUGAAGAAGCGGAUCGCCGCCUGGGCAAAAGUUGUCGGGCUGGAGACCAACCUGAGACGAAUCAAUGGGUAGGAAGAAAGUGGUGGCAUUGUAUUGGGUCCCGGAGCCCCAGGGGUAGAACAGGUGGGACCUAAUGUAUAGCGUGCUGUAAAUUUCAUAUCUGUGAUCCAUAAUUUCUCCCAAGAUGCCAUUUCAGUAUUAUGACCUAUAGCGUGGUGUAGUUGUUAAGAGCGGUGGACUCGUAAUCUGGUGAACUGGGUUCGCUUCCCCGCUCCUCUACAUGCAGCUGCUGGGUGACCUUGGGCCAGUCACACUUCUCUGAAGUCUCUCAGCCCCACUCACCUCACAGAGUGUUUGUUGUGGGGGAGGAAGGGAAAGGAGAUUGUUGGCUACUUUGAGAUUCCUUAAGGUGAGUAUCAAGUCCAAACUCCUCCUCCUCCUCCUCCACGUAUCAUUGCUGAAUGAAUGAACGAAUCUUUAUUUGCGUCAGCCAUUGGUCAUAGCAAUAAAACAACAAUACGAUAUACAAAGAAUAGAAACAAAAAGUCAAUUAUAUAAAUUUUAGGGUUUUGAAUCAAUAGUCAAAUAGUGGAUCUUAUUUUGAUUGCCCCAGCUAAAAACCUUGCCACCUUUGCUGUCGCCUGCUCAUCUUGAUCUGCCGAGAGAGAGGACACUGUGGCAGUGGUUGGGCGACCCGGAAUGGGGAAUAAAAGAGGGGUGAUAAUCUCAUUCCUCAAGUCUUUAUAAAGAGUGCAAGCCGGUACUGCCAUCUCCACAGGGACAGAAGCGUUUUUCGUGUGGAAUCUGUUGCAAUUAUCCCUCAAGUCCCGCCAAGGGCAAGACAUUCAAUCUUACAAGAGUAAAAGCGUGUCUACAUUUCAGAAUUGCUAGGUUAUGCAGAUAGGGUGGUCUCAGCGGCUGCUCCCAGUCACCAGUCUUCCCUGCGAGAAGUGAGGUUACAGGGAACCAGGCAGGGGGCCUUCUUGGUGGUGGCGCCCACCCUGUGAACGCCCUCCCAUCAGAUGUCAAAGAAAUAAACAACUAUCUGAUGUUUAGAAGACAUCUGAAGGCAGCCCUGUUUAGGAAAGUUUUUAAUGACUGAUGUUUUAAUGUAUUUUUAAUCUUUUGUUGGAAGCCACCAGCCAGAUGGGCGGGGUAUAAAUAGAUUAUUAUCAUUAUCAAUACCAUUAUUAUUAUAGUAUGGCAGCUACCAUUAUUAUUAUAGUAUGGCAGCGUUCCGCUUGGACCCUGCAAAACUCAAGAGCUUCACAAACUUGUGAAACUCCUGAUAAGAUGAGGGGGCCUUUUCUUCUUUCUUCCCCCCAUUCAGACUUAAAACUGGAGGCUCACAACGCUCAAGGGAAGAAGACAGGUAUAACUUUUUAAAGAAGUUUGUACGGUUAAACCUGCACUGUUGAGAAGCACACAAACACACACCCCAGUUGUUGCUGUUGUUGUGGUGCCUCUUUAUCGACAGGAGUUUGAAGCCCUGCUGUAAAAGGCUGUAACUGUUUUUAAUAUAGAAUCAUAGAAUAGAGUUGGAAAGGGGACCCUGAAAAUCAUCUAGUCCAAUCCCCUGCAAUGCUGGACUGUACAGUUGUCGAUCGAACCUGCAACGAUCAAAUUCUUAUUAUUUCACUACUUGCUGGUUGCUGCCCUGGUCUAGUCUGGGAGGAAGGGCACAAGAGGCAAACUCAACAAUUGAAAUAAAUACUGAUUUUAAAGAAGAAAUUGUUUGCAGGAUAUUGGUUUGGUUCCCCCCCCCCCCCCAAGCGAUCAUUUUAGCAAUUUCUUCCCUGACGGCCAAAUCCCAGCUAUGUCUUGGGAAUCUCCGAACAUUUGGCAACCCUUACUUAAAAACUCAGUGUCAAAAUGUUAGGGUGCAAAUUGGAUUUGAAGUGAGAGCAGCAGCGGGGAGUGAAAUCUUCGUUUUUCCUGUGAGAUUAGGUGAAGGUAUAGCGUAACUCUAAUAUGUAGCAGAAAUUGAAAUUUUGAGGGAACCAUGGAAGGAGGAAGGGGGAGUCGUAGGUGGAAUGAUGGAUUGCUAAAUCUGAAAUGUUGUUCAAAAAACCCCGUAAAAAAUAAAUGAAACAGUAAUAAUAUAUUGGGAGUGGUUGAUCUCCUAUCAUAUAAUUGUAGCAUUGGUAAAAGGUAAAGGGACCCCUGACCAUUAGGUCCAGUCAUGGCCGACUCUGGGGUUGCGGCGCUCAUCUCGCUUUACUGGCCAAGGGAGCCGGUGUUUGUCCGCAGACAGUUUUUCCAGGUCAUGUGGCCAGCAUGACUAAGUUACUUCUGGCGAACCAGAGCAGUGCACGGAAACGCCGUUUACCUUCCCGCCGGAGUGGUACCUAUUUAUCUACUUGCACUCUGACGUGCUUUCGAACUGCUAGGUUGGCAGGAGCAGGGACCGAGCAACAGGAGCUCACCCCGUCGCGGGGAUUCGAACCACCGGCUUUCUGAUCGGCAAUUCCUAGGCUCUGUGGGGCAUCUUAAGUCCAACUACCUGCAAUGCAGGAAUAUUUUUACCCGGUGUGGGGCUCGAAUCCAAGACCCUGAGAUCAAAAGUCUCAACCGGCGCGACACAACCACGCAAGCAGAACGAAUUGUUGACACUCACUGAGAGAGUUCUAGCCAUGGACUGAACGUAGGUUCUUUUCGGUAAAUUGCUGUCUGUCUAAUUUUCGUAGGUCCGACGAGCUGCCUCUGAAUUUCCGCCUGGCCAGGAGCUUUGUCUUCAAGAAAGUGCGUAAACAGCUGGGCCUAGACCGCUGCACCAAAUGUUACACAGGAGCCGCUCCUAUCACAAGAGACACCCUGGAAUAUUUCCUGAGCCUCGACAUUUGUAUAUAUGAGCUGUACGGAAUGAGUGAGAGCUCAGGGCCUCACACGGCUUCGUUCCUGAGUUCGUACAAACUGGGAAGGUAGGGGCGUAAUUUGUAUUUAUUUUGGGAGAGGGGGUGAUCCUGCAACUUUUGUUGGAAUCAGUAGUCCAAUAGUGGGUGUUAUUCUGAUUGCCCCAGCUAAAAACCUUGCCACCUUUGCUGUCGCCUGCUCAUCUUGAUCUGCCGAGAGAGAGGACACUGGGGCAGUGGUUGGGCGACCCGGAAUGGACAAUAAAAGAGGGGUGAUAAUCUUGUAAAGAUGGAAGGGGAUAGAAAUCAAUUGGGGAAGCCCCAUCAUAUCAGACAGAGCAUGCGAGCUGUUUUCCUUUCGGGAAAGGGGCAAGUCUCGACUGCUCACAAGCUGCUUUUUCUGCAUUUCCCCCAGUUCCGGCAAAGAGAUCACGGGCUGCAGAACGAUGCUCUUCAAGCCGGACUCUGAAGGCGUCGGUGAAAUUUGCUUCGCUGGGCGCCAUGUCUUUAUGGGUUACCUGAACAUGGAAGACAAGACCAAAGAGGCCAUCGAUGAUGAGGGCUGGCUUCAUUCAGGGGACCUUGGCAAGCACGACACAGACGGGUUCCUCUACAUCACGGGAAGAAUCAAAGGUAAAAAAGGCCCCCUUCUCACGGUCCUUGGAAGAACCAGAAUCCUUUCUUUUUUUUCUUUUUUUUUGGAAUUUGCAUUUUAUUUAUUAACGUUCUUAUAUUACAUUGGUAGACGUUGUCAUAUUACAUUACAGGACUUACUAUAAUAUAAUUUCCAACAUGUAUACAAAAAUUAUAUACAAAUUUUAUAUACAGUGGUACCUUUGGUUACAGGCACUUCAGGUUACAGAUGCUUCAGGUUACAGACUCCGCUAACCCAGAAAUAGUGCUUCAGGUUAAGAACUUUGCUUCAGGAUGAGAACAGAAAUCCCGCAGCGGCAGCGUGGCAGCAGCAGGAGUGGUGCUUCAGGUUAAGAACAGUUUCAGGUUAAGAACGGACCUCCGGAACGAAUUACAGUGGUACCUCGGGUUAAGUACUUAUUUCCUAGCAAUUAGUAAUAAUAAUACAUUUAUAUUGUUACGAUUAAAUAUUUUUUAUUAGGUUUUCAAAUACAUAAAGCAGAGUAAGUUAUCGUUGGAAGUAAGCAGAUAUAAUUAUGCUUCCCUCAGUCAGUAAACAAACAUACACAGAACUACUAUAACAAAUAAACAAAAUUAAUUGAAAACAACCUAAAUCCCACCCAGAAACUAAAGACCCUUUGGUUCUAAGUACAGUGGUACCUCGGGUUAAGAACUUAAUGCAUUCCAGAGGUUCGUUCUUAACCUGAAACUGUUCUUAACCUGAAGCACCACUUUAGCUCAUGGGGCCUCCUGCUGCCGCCGGAGCACGAUUUCUGUUCUCCUCCUGAAGCAAAGUUCUUAACCCGAGGUAUUUCUGGGUUAGUGGAGUCUGUAACCUGAGGUACCACUGUAAGUACUUAACUCAAGGUAAAAGGUAAAGGUACCCCUGACCAUCAGGUCCAGUCGACUAAGCCGCUUCUGGCGAACCAGAGCAGCGCAUGGAAACGCCGUUUACCUUCCCGCCAUAGAGCGGUCCCUAUUUAUCUACUUGCACUUUGAGGUGCUUUCGAACUGCUAGGUUGGCAGGAGCAGGGACCGAACAACGGGAGCUCACCCCAUCGCGGGGAUUCAAACCGCCGACCUUCCGAUCGGCAAGUCCUAGGCUCUGUGGUUUAACCCACAGCGCCAUCCGCGUCCCUAACUCGAGGUACCACUGUACUACUAAAUGUGUGUUGAAGAGUGUGUGUGUUUAGGUUCCUGAUGGCUUAUGCCGUGUCGUCUCCUUCCAGAGCUAAUCAUCACAGCCGGUGGCGAAAACAUCCCUCCAGUCCCUAUCGAGGAUGCCAUCAAAGAGGCCAUCCCCAUCCUCAGCAACGUCAUGUUGAUAGGAGACAAGGCCAAAUUCCUUGCGAUGCUCAUGACUCUGAAGGUAAGUCCUGCUAUUUCCUGUCUCCUUCCUCAAUCUUUUUUUUUAAAAUAAUUUUUAUUGAUUUUAACAUAUAAAUUAUAAAAUGUACCACAAAACUUUAUCACUUAUACAAUCUUUUUAGACUUCCAUCAGCACCUCUGAGAUCCACCGUUUUAACCACUUCUUAUGCAUUUCUUAACUUUAUAUUGCCUUUAAGUCUCUUAACUAAUCAUCCUUCCCCUUCUCCAUUUUUGCAAUACUUCCAAUAAUACUCCUCACAAAACUUCUUGCAAACCUACAAACGUUGUCUGAUCUUCACAAAUACUUUUCAAAUAGUCCGUAAAUUUACUCCAGUCUUCCGUGAAUUUCUGGUCCCGCCGGUUUCGAAUCCUUCCGGUUAGUUUAUCUAGUUCUGCAUAGUCCAUUAACUUCAUCCUCCAUUCUUCAAUCGUCGGUGUCUCCUUCCCCAAUCUUGGCGUGUGUUUCCGUGUCAGGGCAGUUAUUGGGAGCAGAGCAGCCGCAGAGCUUGUUAUAAGAAAAAACUGCUCCCUUUCAGCAGUGGUGUCCAAACUUUUUUCAAAGAGGGCCAGAUUGGAUGAAGUGAAGGGCCGGGAGGGCUGACCAAAGUUGACCUUUUUUUUAGGAUUGAAGUUGUUGAGGUGUUUUUUUUAGGAUUUUACCCCAGGAAAUAAACUUUGAAGGUGACCCGGAAACUGCAAUUAAUCCAGAAUGUGGCAGCUAGACAGGUGACUGGGAGCGGCCGCCGGGACCACAUAACACCGGUUCUGAGAGAUCUGCAUUGGCUCCCAGUACGUUUCCGAGCACAAUUCAAAGUGUUGGUGCUGACCUUUAAAGCCCUAAAUGGCCUCAGCCCAGUAGACCUGAAGGAGCGUCUCCAUCCCCAUCGUUCAGCCACUGAGAUCCAGAACAGAGGGCCUUCUGGCGGUUCCCUCAUUGCGAGAAGUGAAGAUGCAGGGAACCAGGCAGAGGGCCUUCUUGGUAGUGGCGCCCUCCCUGUGGAACACCCUCCCUUCAGAUGUGAAGGAAAUAAGCAGCUGUCCUAUCUUUAAAAGACAUCUGAAGGCAGCCCUGUUCAGGGAAGUUUUAAAUAUUUAACACUGUACUGUUUAAUACUUGAUUGGGAGCCGCCCAGAGUGGUUGGGGAAACUCAGCCAGAUGGGGAGGGUAUAAAUAAUAAAUUAUUAUUAUUAUUAUUAUUAUUAUUAUUAUUAUUAUUAGGGGCAGAUUAAACUGACCGGUGUGCCAGAUUAGGGAUACCCUUACGGGGUAUUCCGGAGCCCAUAUAGAGUCCGCAAGUGGAUUCCCUAUCAGUAGGAGGAAAUAACAGAGGCCAACCAGAGAAUAUUGAGAAGCAAAGCAGCUAGUAAACCUGAUCUUUAUUAAAGCUUUUGCAACAAGGUCCCCACUCACCACACGCAGGAGGGAGGAGGAACUCAGAACAAUGGUGUGCAAGCCCUUGUAUAGACUCUUGAAAUUGUUUCCCCAAGACCACCACCCCCCCAAAAAAUACACACAUCAUACAUACAUCACAGAAGGGAGCAGUCUACAGCAGAAAUCCUGCCUGCCAGGAUACCUGAUAAUGGUCACUGAUGGCAUUAACUGGGCAGCCCGGCCAUUCUUGAGUCCAGGUCACAGGCUCACCCUGUUCAUACACAAAUACGCCCUUAAGACAGGAUUUGCAAGCGAAAAGGCAAUGGGAAGGCUUUCCCCAUUUGCCUCCCUUUCUGCAGAGGAAUAUUUGAGGUCACUGGGAGAGUCAAAAUGGCUUCAGGAUGGCUCUUCUGUACUAUUUCAGACACGUGGUUCAUAUAUUUAGAUAUGUGUGUGCAUUUAUGAAUACUUAUUCUAUAUUUGAGACCUUAAAAUUCUUAUAGCAAGCUGUUCAUGAAGUUGACUCUUUAUUCAGCACAGCGCAGACAUAGAGAGCGCAGCAACUCUUUCCUGUAGAUCUUGCCUCCCCCCUCCCCAAGGCAGUUGUGUCAGGAGUUCAGCCUACACUCGAGUAGGCCCCUGGCAGAGACACAUGCCGAACUGGCAUGUUCUCUCCCUCCUGGUCAAUCGUUUGGGAGCUUCAUAAGCUUUCUUCAGCCCGAACAUCACAGCGACCGAUGCCAACCGACACCGGCACACUUAGGGAUCCGCAGAGUUUCGUAACAGACCUCAGCAACUCAGCGUUUUGGCUGAUCUACUUUAUUUACAUAUAAACACACACGGAGCACUGCAACAUGGCUCCCUCUCUCUCUAGCAUCAGACAGCAAAGAGAAAAAGAACAAAGGACAAGAGUCCCACUUCACGGAACACAGUAACACAAACAUCCUGUCUCCGUCACUUCCCACGCUGUGGAGUCAAAACAUACACCGUCAUGUGAUAGACAAGAAUCCCAUGACUGCAGUCGUAGAGCAGGAAUCCUAACAAGUUGCAGCGACUGUGUCUUCCCACAACUGGCUGUGCUUCUCCUGGGUCCUUCCCAAGCGAUCUGAGAUUCUGCCAGCGUGUCUGUCUGUACUACACCCUCUUCACACCUCUUCUGGUUCUGGGAGACUAGCAGGGAAGGGAGCAGGAGGGGGAGACCGCCUGGCUUUCAUCUCUUGUCUCCUGGCUCCCCUUUCCUCCAGCCUGAUUUCUGCACUGCUCUCUGCCACAGACUCUCCCUUCUCCCGAAGCCCUGUCACUCUUUCAACUUCCUCCUCCUCAUUCUGCUCCCUUGUCUUCUCCCUCUGAGAGGGGGAGAAUGUGGCCUAACUUCUUCAGUCCAGUAAUUCAGCAGAACUUGGGUUGGAAAGAUGCGUGGAAAGGACCUUGGUCCACGUUGUGGCCUCCUGUGUUGGCUGACGCACCUGCGCCGCUCCUUUUGAAUUCUCCCGUUCCAGUGCAUGGUGAACCUAGAAACCGGAGACCCGGAAGAUGCGCUGACGCCUCAAGCCAUCGAGUUCUGCCAUAAACUGGGCAGCAAGGCCACCAAAGUGUCCGACAUUGUGAACAACAAAGACCCGGCGGUGUACAGCGCCAUUCAGAAAGGGGUCACGUCCGUCAACGAACGAGCCACUUCGAACGCUCAAAAAAUCCAAAAGUGGGUGCUGCUAGACAAAGAUUUUUCCAUCGCAGGCGGAGAACUGGGUGAGUGGGUGAAGCUGGUAUCCUUUUCCUUCAGUAGUCGCGUUUUUAUUGAACUUUAAAAUCUUACCAUACGUAUUCCAAGUUCCACAUUUGUUAUGUUUCUCUUUAAACUUAAGCACUCCAGGCUGUUCUUACUUCCUAUCCCUGACGCAGAUGGCCCUAUGGUCUAAACCACUGAGCCUCUUGGGCUUGCCGAUCAGAAGGUCGGCGGUUCGAGUCCCCGCGACGGAGUGAGCUCCCGUUGCUCUGUUCCAGCUCCUGCCAACCUAGCACAGGAGUAGGCAACCUAAGGCCUGGGGGCCAGAUCCGGCCCAAUAGCCUUCUAAAUCCGGCCCGCGGAUGGUCCGGGAAUCAGCGUGUUUUUACAUGAGUAGAAUGUGUCCUUUGAUUUAAAAUUCAUCUCUGGGUUAUUUGUGGGGCCUGCCUGAUGUUUUUACAUGAAUGGAAAGUGUGUUUUUAUUGAAAAUGCAUCUUUGGGUUAUUUGUGGGCCAUAGGAAUUCGUUCAUCCCCCCAAAAAAACAAAAAAUUAUAGUCCAGCCCCCCACAAGGUCUGAGGGACAGUGGACUGGCCCCCUGCUGAAAAAGUUUGCUGACCCCUGAGCAGUUUGAAAGCGCGCCAGUACAAGUAGAUAAAUAGGUACUGCUGUGACAGGAAGGUAAACGGCAUUUCCGUGUGCUCUGGUUUCCGUCCCGGUGUCCCAUUGCACCAGAAGUGGUUUAGUCCUGCUGGCCACAUGACCCAGAAAGCUGUCUGCAGACAAACGCUGUCUCCCUCAACCUGAAAGCGAGAUGAGCACCGCAACCCCAAAGUCGCCUUUGACUGGACUUAACCGUCCGGGGUCCUUUACCUUUUACCUCUCAACCCAUUUACAUCCUGCCUUCUUGUAAACAUUUCCCCUAAGAAAUAUCCCUCUAUUUCAUAUGUUAUCAGUAUUUCAAAUCCUACUCGUGAUUUCAUCUGAUUACGGUAUUUUUUCAGAUAUUCCAAAAGGGGCUUUCAUUCUUCCAUGCAUAGUCCAUCGUGUUGGUUUCUUAUUUAUGCUCUGUAGUUUUCUUAAAGGUAAAGGGACCCCUGACCAUUAGGUCUAGUCGUGGCUGACUCUGGGGUUGCGGCGCUCAUCUCGCUUUACUGGCCGAGGGAGCCGGCGUACAGCUUCCGGGUCAUGUACCCAGCAUGACUGAGCCACUUCUGGCGAACCAGAGCAGCGCACGGAAACACUGUUUACCUUCCCGCCGGAGUGGUACCUAUUUAUCUACUUGCACUUUGACGUGCUUUCGAACUGCUAGGUGGGCAGGAGCAGGCACCGAGCAACGGGAGCUCACCCCGUCAUUGCGGGGAUUCGAACCGCCGACCUUCUGAUUGGCAAGUCCUAGGCUCUGUGGUUUAACCCACAACGCCACCCGCUUCCCUUUUUAUGCUCUUAGUUUCUGCUUUAAAAUCCAUUCUUCUUUUGUUGGUGUUUUCUCUUCUUUCCAGUUCUGCAUAUGCAAGGUUCUGGCUGCUGCUGUUGCAUGCGUAAAUAAAUCUUUAGUUACUGUUUUGCUUUGCAAUGGGCUGGAUUGGAUUACCCUCGGGGGUCCUGAUACUAUGAAAAAACACUACAGAAGGUUAAAAAUUCUGAAAUGGGUAAAUGAAGGAAUGGUCCUCCAAGACGCAUCAGCAAACUUCCCAAGUAGUUUUUGGGUGGAGUGGGGUUGGCAGCCCCUGGUCUUCACUGAGUAGCAGCCGCUGCCCAGGGUUUAAAACGGGACCCUCACGAUCAUCCAGUCCAACCCCAAGAAAUAUGCAAGCUUGUCCCUUCCGGGGAUCGAACCUGCAACCUUGGCCUUAAAAAAGGUAGAGGGACGCCUUGACCAUUAGGUCCAGUCGUGGCUGACUCUGGGGUUGCGGCGCUCAUCUCGCUUUAUUGGCCGAGGGAGCCGGCGUACAGCUUCCGGGUCAUGUACCCAGCAUGACUGAGCCGCUUCUGGCGAACCAGAGCAGCGCACGGAAACGCCGUUGACCUUCCCGCCGGAGUGGUACCUAUUUAUCUACUUGCACUUUGACGUGCUUUCAAACUGCUAGGUGGGCAGGAACAGGGACCGAGCAACGGGAGCUUACCCCGUCGCGGGGAUUCGAACCGCCGACCUUCUGAUCGGCAAGUCCUAGGCUCUGUGGUUUAACCCACAGUGCCAUCCGUGUCCCUUUGCAACCUUGGCCUUAUCAGCAACAAUUUGAACCACCUGAGCUAUCCAGGAAGCUCCUUGGAGACGGUGCCAGGAAUCGAACCUGGACUUUCUUCGGAGAAGCCUCGUGUUUUCUCCAGCCUUUCUGGACAGAUCCUAACACUCUUUCUCUUGUUUCCAGGCCCCACGAUGAAACUAAAGAGGCCCGUGGUCGCCAAGAUGUACAAACAGCAAAUAGACCAGCUUUACGCGGACUAAACGAACACCUAACGAUCGCCGGAGGAAUGCAUACCCGCCGGCCUGCCUCUAUCAGAAGUCCAAUCUUCGCUGCACGGACCGUCUUCAUAUGGAAAGAGAAGCGCCGCCGUCUCUCGCUCCUCUUUCCUCUACCCUUAUUGAAAAACAAGGUUUCAAUAAAGGCAGCUCCCCGAAUUCAGCUUGGUUUCUCUCCUCGCCAGUUGCUCCCUGUCCCUCCCACCCCUUCCAAAGCCAAGUAUUUUGGCUGCAAAACACCAGUGGCCUUCUCUGCUUUUCUGUCUCUCCCUCACUCUUCCUGGGCUUGGUUUUGGAACCCCAUUUUGGCACAGGGCUCCUGCCUGCUCUUGUGGCUUUGCACCCGGGCAAGGUCCCUCGGCCUUUUCUGCCACGUCUGUGUCUUCCACAACCCACCCUCACCCUUUCUUGAAAUUGAAUGUACAGAAAGUGUGGUUUUUGUCCCCUAACUGUGCCUUGCAGGGGUGGGGGAGGAACCCUGUGGUUUAGACGUGCAAAUAAUGGCAGCAUCGCCUGUCCCCACGGUCUAAACAGAAUUCUAUUCUAGCAAGCGGCUGGCGGGAGUUGCAGUGAAACCAUCUCCCCACUGAACCGACUUCCUUUCUUCGUUGGUGAAACGCGGCACAACUUUAUAGUUGUGUGAGCUUUCCCCCACCCUCUCCCACAGAGACCCACGACCCACCGAGAAACAACCACAGAUGUCUUUCACGUGUGGAUAAAAGGAAAUCCGGUGCACUCACUAAAAUCCUUAUUAUUAUUAUUAUUAUUUAUACUUUGGAGUCUGUUCACUUGGUGAGGCUUGGCUGUAGAAUCCGUUCGCGUGGAGCCUUUUCCACAGAAACACAGGCAGCAGCGACUCUUACGAAUGUUUCCCCUGUCCUCCUGGCAACCAGAUUUUAGCGGUUCCUCCUGCGCCACCGAGGAAACGUUGGAAGGUUGUGGGCUCUUGGAAAAUCCUUGCCUGUGAACAUGCUUUUUGCCCUCUGGGGGAAAUGAGCACAUGGGACUUCCUGGCAUGCGAGAACAGACUCUAAAACUCUUUAUCUGAAAGUUGUGCCCAUUCAAUCAUGCCACAAGCGUUGCCAGGUUGAGGGAACAUCCGUGUAGCUUUCUGGGGCUGGUUCCUGUUGUUUAUAGUUUUAUUUCCCUCUCCUUUUUUCCUGUGCUUGCUAACUUGACUACAGAUGUAAGCAAAAUAAUUCUGGGAGAUAUUUGCUCCCCAAUGCCUCUUGUUUUUGCUGAAGCUGUUAAACCUCGUCAUGGAGGGACACAAUAUGUUCUGGUGUGCCGCAGAGUUGAGAAAUAAUAGCCUAUGGGGGUAUAUUGUUGUAGGGUGUUUGGGUUUUGUUUUGUUUUGGUUUUUUAGAGAGAGUGAGUUGUGCCCGUGCAGGGAUAGAAGGAGGUGUUUGGGGGUAAAGCGAGGAGCUGUUGACGUCCAAAGAAAAUACUUCCGGAAUGUAAAUGGCACUGGGUAUUUGGUGUUACGGUUAAAUCAUGUUUGCAAUUGAAUGUAUUGGGGUUAAAUUAGCGGGGCGGGAGAGGGUCCUUUUGUACCCCCUCAAAAAAAGACAAUGUUUGCUAUGAGCCGAAGGUUUAUGUACACCUCUCCUGCCCUGUUGGAAUGAGUGUUUAAUAAAAUUUCUGAAUAUC